CCGGUGCUUGCUGAUCUGAUAGCAAACAAACAACAUCGUUGACGUGACGAAUGACGUUGCAAUUCCAAUUAAUUAAUUCCGAUUAAAUUUUUGUACUAAAAACGUCAACCAAGCCAAUAAUAACUACACUAUUCUGUGCAAAUAAUACAAUUAACCGUAUUUCAAAUCAGUGAGUCAGUACUUAUCAAGGGCACGAUGAGUCGAGGAGGUCGUGGAGGUGGAGGGGCGAGAGGUGCGGCAAAUUCCUCCUCCGGAUCACUGCCGGGACGAAGGGUCACCGAUCGAUACAGCCUCAUGGAGUUCAACGAUUUGAUCUCUUUCAACCCAACAACUCUAGGAAAUGAUGAUCAGGAAUACUACGAAAAGUGUAAGAAUGACUUGCGAUUGACACUUUUAGUGUCUAAGGGUGGCGUCCGUGUUCGAGACGUUCGAAGCCAGUUCCGGAACGGAGCAGGGUAUGACGUAGAUUUCAAGCGACUUGGAUUGAAAGAUUGGGGGCAUUUUCUACUGAGCUGUAGGAAAAUUGUCGAUUUCAAAUUGGACUCGAAGGAGGAGAAGGAGACGUUAUAUGCAUUUGUAAGUGCUUAUGGACUUCGAGAAAUACACAACUUGACACGUGACAUGCAAUCAGUAAUCAACUGUACGCCAGAUGACAAGGAUUCUCCGAAUCCGCUUAAACUUAUCCUGAUGGAGGCACGUGAAGCCUAUAUGAAAGGCUUUCUGGAACCGGCUGACGGAGUUCCGCUCAUGGAUCCCAGAGUGCCAAUUCAGAAAAUGGGAGUCGCUGCGGCUGAGACCAUGAAGAGAAUCCAAAACCAAAAGCUCACGUUCGAAGAACAAAUUGCGUUGGCAAAUAAGCCGAAGAAAUCGACCAUGACAUUGGAAACGACGGGCCCCCUUCCGGAAACUCUAAAAAGUGACGCGUCAUCGGUCAUGUCAUGGCUGGACGAAUUGAAUGCUGAGCCAGCAGUUUCAAUUCCGGUCUACAACCAAAUUCGGGACUAAUAGUUAGCAAAAUUGCAUUCCACUUAAAAAACAGCACUGAAUUAUUGUUAUAUCUUCGUUAAAAAAUGUUAGGAACGAACGUAAAUAGGACCUCCUCUACAAAGGUCCUUUGUAGCCAAAUAUUAUUAUUCGCUGGAAAGUUUCAGCUUUAUGAUUGCUUUGAUCAAUCUGAACAGUAAUUAUUUUUUGCUAUGUCAUUUACAUAAUUAUAAUCUGUUUAUUAAUUAAAAAUUUGUACCCAAGUCACAAUUAUCUCAGUAAAAAUUUAGUGAAAUAAAUUACUUAAAAUUGUG